AGUCAGAUGCUACGCGGUUCCAACAACGUACGGACGCAUAUCGACGUCCGUAAUCAAAUAAACUUUAACGUCACCUAAAUAUUAUUAAAUCGAAUUAUAACAGGUGUUGCUGAACAUUCUAGUGUUUAAUUCUUAAUCUGUAAUCAGUGGUCCGUAAUCGAGUUUUUAAAGAAAGUUACUUUAGACUUUUCACUGUGCUGUGCUAGAGUUUUGGUUUUGUUUGAGGUUUAUGAACUGCAUCCGGAAUCUUUUAGGUUAUUCGAUCAUCACUUGACGCUUCUUAAACAGAUUUGGAUGACCCAAACUUACUACAAUAAGAAGAUUGUGGGAACUAACCAGUGAAGGAAACGGGUACACGAGAAGGUGCGUUUAUAAGAUGUGACUAAACCCAUCAUGGCAGCCACAGAUGGCCAAGUCGUGGUCGCAGCUUGCCGCUGGUCUGAUGAAGGCCAUUACCUCAGAGAGUUCGCUGUCAAGAACCGUCUGCCCAACGUAGCAAAGAUCAUCAAAGGACAAUAUGGAGGCCUCGGAGUACCAACUCUACCGAGCCCUGGUUUGCAGAGCACAGCGUUACUAGUUUCAGCAGGAAAGAGAAAGAAGAUCAUUGCUCAAGCCAUCAAACUUAAAGAAGGGAGACGCAUGGUUAGUGUCGGACCGAGAAUUGCCAUUCCCGAUACGUAUAAAGGCUACUUUGAAUUGCUUAGUGAGGAAGGUAGAGCUGUAAGAUGUAUAGAAUCUGUAGGGGAAUUAGCUAGAAGAAAACUUGAUGAUGGAUGCUUAGUAAGAGAACCGGUUAGAGUAAUAUGUGCUAAAAUUGACUUAGAUGGAAAUAUCACUGCUGAUGGAGCAAGAAAUUUACCAGCGGGUGAAGUAAUAAUGCCUAGAGGUGAGACGUUUUUAGGAAAAAGUAAAUAUUUAAAAUGUACCGAUUCAAAAGGUGACACUAUACUACUUAGUUUAGAUCAGAGAGGCAAGUUUUCUGCUGUCGCUAAAGAAGAGAACAUUAGCGGGGUACAUACAGCUAAAACAUUGCUAACAAAACGGUUGCCAAUAACUGUCAGACUUGUACACGGUACUCCACCUAGAGGAUUAAAAAGUGCCAGCCAUUUCGUACCAGAACUGAGAUUAAUAUCCUUAUUCGAAGAAGAUCACGUUUUUGCACUUCCAUUACAAAAAGAAGGCAACGCGUUAGUAGCAUUACCUCUUGCAGCUCCUUUAAAAAUGUUAAGAUGCAAAAAUGAGGAACAGAUUAAAAACUUCAUGGAAUUUUCUAGAUUAGUUGAAAAAUGUAAUAAGUUGCUAGUAGACGUGGUAGAUCGAAUACAUGUACUAGAUGGUAAACUCGGGGACCCUAAAAGACUGUUGAAUGCCCCACUUAUUGCACCACCAUUAAUAAAAACUGGUUAUUUCUUAAGAAGAAGUGCUUCAUCAGACACAGCUAACCAACAUAAGUAUAUAAACCGCCAUAGUCACAUAUACAGCAGUCACAGAGAUGAAAACAGUAUCCCAGAUGAGUAUGAUGAAAUAGAUCAAAUAUAUGAUUACGUUAGAGGCUUCGCUCCACUUCCGAAGAAUAUCAAAGCAUCUUACUCCAAUGAACCAACCCGACACGAGUCUGCGCCUGCGUCACCCGCAGCGACACCAAUUCACAUGCCCUUAAUAACAGAAAUUAAACCAGAACCGCCUCCUAUAGAAACUAUUCCUACUAAGAAGACUUUGAACCAAAAAGCUGAAAAGCGUACUCGCAAAACUGCCGUAGCGGCAAAGGAAAUUCCAAUAACUGUUUAUAAAGAGAAAUGUACAAUUGCGCCAGUACCAAAUUUACCUAAAUUGUAUAUUAAAAACAGUGUUAGCAACAGUAAAGGUAGAAUAUUGGUGAGUCAGAAAAGUCAUUCGCCGACUAAAGAGGCACCUAGUCCAGGCACUAGUCCAAUACGACCUCUUACAAAAGGAGAUUCCCCAAUCUUUAAUAUACGUUACAAGAGCCUUUCAAAUAUUCAUCAAGCGAUGGAAUUAGAUGGAACGCUAGAUUCGAGCCAUUCAGGCGGAAGAACAUCUGGAGAUUCAGGCAAUGGUCCAAAAUUACCAGAAAAACGAUGUAGAAAGUUAAGCAGACCUAAGUCCUUGACGAAUUUAGUGUGGGAGCUAAAAGGAUGUCCGGUGGAACCUAAUGAAAAACCAAAACCUAGAAUUAAAAAUGAAGGCUAUAAGAAAAUUGGAAAUAAAUUGUCUUUGGGAGCUCAGAAAAGAGUGCCUACGCUCUACCUUUAAUUUUUGGUCCACGUUGUACAAAAAAGACAAGGCGACGACCAAAAUGAGAAGAACGGCGAACGACCACGAAACUGCAACGAGUCAAAAGAAAACUUAUGAAAAAAUCAUUCGAUUGUACUCUAAAAUAUCAAAUGUAUUUUGAUCUCCUUAAUGAAUAAUUAUUUUAUUUAUAAUGUAAUGCCAUAUUACGGUAUAAUUGAUGUUAAUUUUAAUGGUUAGAUAACGGGAGUUAAAUGAUUUAAUAAUAAUUUUGUAUCCACAUAAGAUUUCAAACACAUGCCCUAUACGAAUUCCUGUUUUCUUAUAUCAACUGUAAAAUAGUCUCAAAAAUAUGUUUUAUUGUACAAAAUUUGAUUCUCCUAUAAAUAAAUAAAACAAUAGGUACU